AUGAUCUUUAUUAUUACUAUAUGUACGGCGCUGCCCCCACACGGCAUCACUGUAUUUGCUCAGCAGUUUCAUACACACCAACGCCGUACGCGUGUCCGCACCCAACACGUACGCCAGGGUCGCGAACUGAGCUUGGUCAAUCGGGAUGAACAUUGCAACUUUGAGUAUCUGGAUACAUUAAUCAUGCCACUUGUAGAAAAGUCAGUUGCGCCGGACAUUAUGUGUAGCACCUUUUUGCAUUAUUACCCUGCUGUGAAUUUAAAAUGGGUGAUCAACGAUAUGCAUACUUACAUUGAUUUUAUGGCACACCAUAUGUCGUAUAGUGAACAAGAAUUACAUGAUUAUAGGCCACCGAUGGCCGAGAGAUGCGACCAAUUGUCUGGUGAUAGUUAUUCAUUGUACCAGGAUUUUGACCACUGUAACGAAACACAUACGAAACAAGCGAUAGAUUACGUGGAGAAAUACAUCGAAAAUCCCGUGAGAUUAUCGCUAAUCCUUUCGGUGGCGAUAAUCCUAUUAUUUAUAAUAAUAUUUCUAUCGUUUCAAUGCCUAACGCGAGCGGAACGUCGGGCCGAAGCCCUCUACGCCUACCGUAAAGUCUAUACAAAACGGGAUUUAAAUUUUGAGAAAUUCCCGAAUUUUUUGGCCGAAGAAAAGAUUUUCGUACAAACCGUAGUUAAUAAAUAUUUCAUUAUUGCCUCAAAAUUUGAUGAUUACGUGAACGGAGUGUACGAUAAGAGUAAACAGAUUUGGGUAAUAAUAGCGAGAGUCGUGUUAUUAGUGGUGGGCCUGAGAUAUGCCGUCUCAGCGAUGGUUAACACACCAGAGAUGAGAGUUUUUGUGUCCGAUUCUAACUAUAUGUUAGCAAAUCCGGGCUUAUAUAGACCUCAACUCCGGGUUCACAGCACUCGGUAUCGUGUUUUGGUCAAUAUGUGUAUUCGUAUGGACCGCUCAGUUUUUAAAGAACCCAGUUCUGUCCAGGCCCUUAACCCCCACUUUUUGCCCUCUUUAUAUAACCACAUAUUAAGCACAUAA